AUGCCUACACAGACGGUUGAUCACCGUUUCAAUUUUGGUUUUGGGUAUGAUGAGGUUCGUGAUGAUUAUAAGGUAGCCGCUAUUUUCCAUGAAAUCACUAAAUGCUACAUCAAUGCCAAAAUAUAUAGUUUAAAGAGUGAUUCUUGGACAACAGUUGAUGACCAUCAAGGUGAGAUGGUCUACGAUGGUUUGGGCAAGUUGGUUAAUGGGAAGCUUCACUGGCUUACUAGCAUUGUUGAUGGUGGUUGGGACAUCAUGUCCAUUGAUUUGGUUUAUGAGAAAUGUAGGAAGGUGGAGCAGCCCUGCUAUGGACGAACAUUUCCUUUUAACACCUGGAGUGUUGGGAAGUGA